CAAAAAAAUUGUCUCUGUUUCAUUUCACCACUUCACCUGCUUUGGACGACUCUCCAAACUCCUAGGGGAAGGAAGAAAUCAGGAGCUACCGAGCCAUGGCGUUAGCAUCAUCGAUUGUGAUGGGCAGAAUCACCUCAAUAAGCCCACAGUCACCCGUGCGCGGCCGCUCUGGGUUUGCCUAUGCUCAGCCGAGCUAUUUCGGUGGGAUUGUAGUUGAUAAGCGAAAGCAGUUGUCUUUCACUCUCGAGUCCAAUCCUAGGUCCAGAAGAAUUUCUCUCUCCGUUCGUUGCUCCUUUUCUCCUGCUUUGACUCCUGAGCUGAAGGCAACACUGGACAAGGUUGUUACGUCGCACAAGGUGAUUCUUUUCAUGAAAGGGACCAAGGAUUUCCCUAUGUGUGGAUUUUCAAACACGGUGGUUCAGAUAUUGAAGUCCCUAAAUGUGCCUUUUGAAACCAUAAACAUACUUGAAAAUGAAAUGUUAAGGCAGGGGAUGAAGGAGUACUCUAACUGGCCAACGUUUCCUCAGCUUUACAUUGAUGGGGAAUUCUUUGGCGGUUGUGACAUCGCUAUGGAAGCAUACAAGAGUGGAAAUUUGCAGGAACUGCUGGAGAAGGCAAUGUGCUCAUGAAUCUUUUUCUGCACCUGCAAAAGCCAUGAUUUAAAUGGGUAGCAUCUUUACAUGCCUGGUAGGAAGGAGGAGUUGUAUAAACUAUAUCUUUGCUGUGUAAGAUGACAACCUUAAUUUGGUGAUUGUGAUGAUAACAUCUAAUAAGAGGACUACACAAAUGAUUUGGGAUUUGCAAUAUAUUGCUUCUAAAAUCAUUAGCUACGCAUUA